CCACGCUCAUUGUCCCUCACAAUUGCCAACGCCUGUAUGAUAGAAACAUUGUAUGAUUUACAUCCUAUACUAACAUGGCUAGUUUCUUCACAUUGGCAAUGAUAGUUUUUCCUAUUCUUCAAGUCAGUGGACGACCUUCGAAGUUUCCAGCUGCAAACCGUCUUACUAAAUACAUGGGGUAUGAUGUUGCAAAGCGGGCCUACAUGCCACGUGCGUCUGAGAAAUACAAGAACGACGACAGCUCUUUGGGAGGAUAUGAAGACCGAUUUAACAUCCAUCAUGCAGGCAGUCACAGGACUGAAGAGGACGCGGUAUACUCGUCAGAGGGAGUUCGCCAAAUGGUGGCCACUGAAGACGAUGACAGCAUGCACGGAGAAAACGCGUUACCAUUUGAGAACCUUCAUGAAAACGGCCAAUUUUCCAUUGAGGAAAUAAUCAACAAGGAAGAUGAUACGGGGAUAGACUUAAAUGAAAAUGAUGACAGUUCAGUUGAAGGAUAUAAAACUCCCUUUCAGAAUCACCAAGAGGUUCAAGCGAACGCCGACGAUGAUGUAAGAAUGGGUUUGGUGCUCGCAAAUCAAAACGAUGAUACAGCGAGCUCCGAAGAGCAUGAAGUCUUGGCGAAUCAGCACGGAAAAGAUCAUAGUUUCCCGUUCGACUUCAGCGAAAACGAUGACAGCUCAAUUGAAGGGUACAGAACACCCUUUCAGAGUCACCAAGAGGCUCACGCAAAUGCCGACGAUGAUGUUACAAUGGGUCUUGCGCUCGCAAAUGAAAACGAUGAUACACUGGUCUCUGAAGAGCAUGAAUUCUUGGCGAAUCAGCAUGGAGAAGAUCGUAGCCGUUACCCGGCAGAGGUUCUUUCAAAGCGUGCCCGUCUUCAGGUUCCCUGCAUCUAUUGUUGCAAUAUUAUCAGGUGUGUCGCCAACUUUGCUCAUGUUUGUCACUGCCGGAACUGAAGAAACUGGAAGAUUACAGAUGAAUGAUUACGUUAUUGUUUUUCUUGUCAGUUGUUAAGCUGCUUUUGCAGUACUGUAAGAAUUUAUGGUCAUGCAAAGCUAAUUUUUACUGUUGUUUUUAAGAAUAUACGAGAUCCAAGAAGCAUGCAGUCAGAUGAGAUUGAUCAUGUUAACGUUAUCACUAGACUCAUAAGCAAUUUCCUGACGAACGAAUUCUUGUGAUUUUUUCUUUGGCGUUAAUUCACAAAUAAAUGUCCUUUAUAGUACCAGGAGUAACGGACUACUGAUAGCAACCAUGAUUAUGAGAUGUGGGCUUAUCACUUGUGUUUCUUAAACGUGGCAGUUUUUUUAAAUUUACUCAGCUCUUGUACGAUCACACUUAAGUGUAUUGCAAUAUCCUAUUAAACAUCACUACACUACUUCAGUUCUUUUUCAUAUCUAUCACAUUCCUCAGCUUUAUUUCUUCAUGCAACGUACCUUACCCUACUUUACUCUACCUUACCUUACCCCUCCCUACUCUACGAAGGGGCUGAAUCCAGGCAUCUCAUCCUUUUCGUUGUAUGUGUUGGUGAAACUCAGGACAAUGCAUGGGGAAUAUGAUAGGAUUCGAAGCAGAUUAUUGGGCUUUUCAGAAAUAAUUCUGGGAGACUGUUUAUAAGGAGAACAUUUUACCCGAAGAAAAAUUUCCCCUCUCCUUGAGCCUGUUCCUGCCGGUCGAGCCAAAACUUGGGGCUCUUGGUUCUGCGCAUGUUCUUUAUGUCCCCCAAUGUCCUUGUAGGUGAGGAAGAAUUGGCAAAGCGCUUACCUGGAAAAAAGCUGGCUUGAGCGUAGAGUCAUCCUACCUUCAACUGUAUCUAGCGUAAACCUACCCUGCAACCGUCUUUCCUAGAUACUGACUAUAUCUAGGAACGAUUAAGGGGACUCUACCAGCAGGGGAAGGGUAACUCUCUCCCCCGAGCCAUAGAGGGUCACUCCCUUAGCAAUAUGCCCCACCCUCUAAAUAUUGCUGUUUGCUUAGUUGUUUUUUCGUUGCACCGAUCUUGGGUGCAUAUUUGCACUAUGCGUCGUAUUUAUGGUCCCAGGUCAGUUACGUUUCUACUCUUUGAUCAAAUCCUACCUGCUAUUUGUGCAACUGUACUAACAGGUUAGGUUUCUAUUUUUAUUUUUUGCCAAAAAAAAGUUAUUAUCAACUAUCAUAUAUGUGAUGUAAAUACAGGAGUGGCUCUGUAUC